AUGUCGUUCCCAAAGAUUGAGGGUUAUGUAGUGACAGAAAAACUAGGAUCUGGAAGUUACUCAACUGUAUAUAAAGCCUUUACAAAGGUGGGGGCAAGGUCGACGGUUGCUAUAAAAUGUGUGGACAAGUCUCGCGUGAAACACUCAGGUGCCGCUGUAGACAACCUCAUCACAGAAAUACGUCUACUGAAGACCCUCACACAUCCCCAUAUUGUGCACAUGAAACAGUUCACAUGGGAUGACAGAAAUAUAUACAUAAUAAUGGAGUAUUGCUGCGGUGGAGAUCUCUCGAAGUAUAUUCACAGAUACGGAAGAGUUCCUGAAAAACAGGUGUUAUAUUUCCUGCAACAGUUGGCGUCAGCCCUGAAGUUCCUCAGAGAAAGAGGUGUGGUCCACAUGGAUUUGAAGCCUCACAAUCUGCUCCUACACAAAGGUUCCGAUGGGAAAUACAUCCUUAAAGUCGCGGACUUUGGUUUCGCGCAGCACAUGUCAGAAGAAGCCGUCAGAUCAUUGCGCGGCUCCCCUUUAUACAUGGCGCCGGAGAUGCUGCGGGGACGAUAUGACGCUAGAGUCGACCUUUGGAGCGUUGGUGUGAUUAUGUACGAAUGUCUAUUCGGCCGUGCACCAUAUUCUUCGGCAACGUUCAAAGAACUCGUGGACAAGAUCCAGAGGCAGGCUCCGAUCGAGCUGCCACCAAAAUCAUCAAUAUCAGCCGGCUGCCAGGAUCUGCUGACGAGGCUGCUGCAGCACGACCCCGACAAGAGGAUCAGCUACGAGGAGUUCUUCGCGCACGAGUACCUUGACCUGGAACAUAUGCCUUCGAAGGAGAAUUAUGAAAAGGCGGUGAACCUAAUAAAACAGGCCAUAGAGCUGGAAUCAAGUGGUCAGCUGGGAGAAGCCCUGAGGGCCUACAGUGAAGGUCUCCGGUACCUGGUGCCAGCUGUCGGCUGCGAGACUGACGCCCUCAGGAGAAGUGCUCUCACUGCUAAACUAACCAGUUACAUGGAGAGGGCUGAAGAAAUAAAGAGGUUCCUCAAAGGCGAGACCGUCAGUUCUGCGACUCCUCGGGUGGAAGUGAACGGGGGACACGGUCAAAGCCAGUCGACCCAGUGCAAUCCGUGUUGCAAGCCCCCACAAAGCAACUCCGGCUCACUGGAGAUGUCGCAGCUGAAUGAUCAAGUCAGUGAUGCUGCACUGGAACCAGACGAAGAUAACUCAACGAAUUGCGCGAUUGAGUUGAACCCGAGUGCGAACGAUCGCGUAAAGCGACGCGGAGCUCUCGCUCGCUUUCUGCGGCGAAAAGUGCCGCCUUUGAACAAGACCGACGCGAGUCUGACAGCCGAGGUGGCCGACAAAACUGAGAAAAAUGGAUCAGAAGACGCGGGCAACGAUAUGUGUAAGAUUACUUGA